AUGCUGACUGUAAACACCACCAACAUGAUGCGUGCUGCUCUCCGUGCUACCAUCGGUCUUGUUGGUCGUCUUGUCGGCCGCAUCUGUAUGACAAUCGUUCAGUUUUGGUUUGUUGCUACUGGUCAAUUGCUGUUCCACUUCUCCCCAGACGAGCUCAAUCGCAUUGUUGUGUCUUAUUGUCGAGACCACAACCUUUUCGAAGCCCUCGAUUAUUAUUAUGAUCAGCCAAUGCACGAGCAUCCAUCUGUUCCAUCACCACUGCCUUCGAUCAGCUUCCAGCCCCCUCCACCAAGCUGGGAACCAGUUCGUGAUGUCGACGGGCACAUCCUAUCCGAGCUCUGUGGCGUCUCCUGUCGGUUCAAGUAUCAAUUCCGAGCUGGGAUUGAUCAUGUUCAAGGCAUCUUGAAGCUGGAACGGUAUGGGAGCAGUCCCCUCCAUCGUGUUUGGAUCCAAGGCAACUGGUCUCUUCCAGGACCAAGUGGCCAAAAGAGAGUGAAGGGCCCUGCUUUUGACUAUCCAAUCCAGUUGCCGAUUGGUUGCCACUACACUCUCGAGGACACUCUUGGACAGAGUGAAAGAUCACGCAGGAAGCAUUUUCUCCUGAAGCUUGCAUUCACCGACAAUGAUGAUGGACUCGAAUAUAUGCAGUGCUUUGUGCCGGUGGGCCAGUCACCUGAAAAGCUCUCCGGUUGCUUGGCUUUCCAUCAAACACUUGUGAAGGGGCUGGAUUGUGGAUGCGAAGAAGGAUUGGAUGCGGAGAAAGAAACAGAAAAUGGUGAGUGA